UGAGAGUCGUGCAUCCGAGGUUCCUUCUCCAGCUCUGGAGUUCUGAAUGUUCUGGAUGUGGGAUCUAGAAGCGUGAGAACGCCGGGGGUGUGGAAAACAAGCUCAACGCUCUCGAAGGUGAACGUGAUCAUGUUGUCGAUUUCAAAAUGUAACUUUUCGGGUUGCACAGAUUUGGACAGCCGUGCAACGCAUCCAAUGGACUGUCAGCUGCCUGAACUGAUCAAGCCACUCUCAAAACAAUCCUCCUUCAAUGGCUUUGAAUGGGACGGGUGCUGAAUUUAGAUCCUCCGGGAUAUCAGCAGAGAUUUCGACAGGUACAAGUGACACCCGUUGUUGGUUCAUGGAGCAGAAGGUGUCUCUGGGUGAUACAGUACUCAAUAGCACAAUGGAUUGCAAUGAGAGUGAAAACAGAAACAGGUCAGACUUGUUGACCUCUAUGUCUGCACAGAAGAACUGGAUGGCACUGUUGAUUUCACUGGUCAUUAUCAUCACAGUGACUGGUAACAUACUGGUCAUCAUGGCGGUGAGCCUGGAGAGGAAGUUGCAGAAUGCCACAAACUAUUUCUUGAGGUCUUUGGCCAUUACAGACAUGCUUCUGGGUAUCCUGGUAAUGCCAGUAGCCAUGGUCACCAUCCUCUAUGGUUACACAUGGCCCCUUCCCUCCGCUCUUUGUCCGAUCUGGAUCUACCUGGACGUUCUCUUCUCCACGGCCUCCAUCAUGCACCUGUGCGCCAUGUCUCUAGACCGAUACAUCGCCAUCCGCAACCCCAUCCACCACAGUCGCUCAAACUCUCUAACUAGAGCCCGUAUUAAAAUUAUGGCAGCCUGGACCAUCUCUGUAAUUAUCUCUAUGCCUGUCCCGGUCCUUGGCCUUCACGAUCACUCCAAAGUCUUCCGGAACGAAAGCUGCCAGUUGACAGACGAUAAUUUCGUUCUCAUCGGCUCUUUUGUGGCGUUCUUCAUCCCACUUAUUAUCAUGGUGGUGACCUACGUUCUCACCAUAAGCGCUCUGCAGAGCGAAGCCACUUUGUGCCUCGACCAACUCAUCGUACGACCAAAAUGGUCCUCCACAAUCGGACUCCUCCCACGAGGCUCGGUCUCCUCCGAGCGACUCUUCUCCCGUUCCUCUCUCUGUCGUGAUGGACUGAACAGAGGACCAAGCCGUCGCACCAUGCAGUCCCUCAAUAACGAACAGAAGGCGUCGAAAGUUCUGGGCGUGGUCUUUUUGCUCUUCGUGAUCAUGUGGUGUCCGUUUUUCGUGACGAAUGUGAUGGCGGUGGUUUGCGGAUCUGCGUGCGAUGAGGAUUUGGUGGGGGAGUUGAUGAACGUGUUUGUGUGGGUCGGUUACCUGUCAUCAGCGGUCAACCCUUUCAUCUACACCCUCUUCAAUAAGACUUACCGUGCCGCCUUCGCCAGAUACAUGUGCUGCCGUUACCGUGAGAAGAAAAGACCUCUGCAGUUAAUUCUGGUUAACACCAUCCCUCCUCUGGCAUACAGCUCAUCCCAGCUUCCUCUGAGAUCUUCAGGGAGAAGGGGAGAGGGCAGCCAGUCUGGAGGCUUCUUCGACAAAGACAAAUCCAACUCUGUAAAUGUACAAAACAAGCAGGAUGAGGUUGUGAGUCAUGUGUGAGGGGGGGACAGAUUCAAGACUGCAUUUUGAAUAAUUUAUCAUUGUUUUGUAGUUUAUUGUUAUAAAUUAUUGUAAUAUAUCAGGGUUGUUUCAACCCAUGCUUGGUUAAAAAACAUAUUCAGUCAUUGGGUUACAGUCAUGUAGAAAAUGUCUAUUUUUGACCCAACCAUGGAAUGAAACAACCCAGCAUUUCGGUUUGAAAAAAAAACUGUUGGGUUUGUUAAUACUUUAUCCAACUAAGAGUUGAACUAAGCUUUUUUUGAGUGGUAAAGUGUGAUCUGCAGUGUUGUAGUCGAUUCCAAGACCAGAGACUGUAUGGCCCUUUCCCAAAUAGCAAACUCCGUACUUGUCCACACUUUGAUGACAUCAUGUAGUGCAGACCCUCGGGACCCUUGACGCAAGUCCACGAAGGUGCACUGGAGUCAUAUUUUGGAACAGACUCGAGGUCACGCCGGAAAUAGGAAGAGAAGUUGGCCAUAAAUUCAAUUCAAUUUUAUUUAUAUAGCACUUUUCACAAUUAUUAAUUGUUUCAUAGCAACUUUACAUUAAUAGAAGCAGGGGAAAACAUAGAAAAAUCGACAGACAACAUAAGUAGCAAAAUACAGCAGCUAUGAAUAAACUUAUAUAUAUACAUGGGAUGUAAAUGGAGAUUAAAUGGGUUCCAUCGGUGGUCGUUGGUCAGGCAUCGCCUGGGCAUCAUGUUGAAGGACGGCCAGUAGAUCAGUGUUUUGUUGACCUCCACGGCAGCCGGAACUGGGUCUGUUUGUCUCAAUGUCCUCAGGUUCGAGGAUGAGACAGGGAGAGAGAAACAAAAUCCUAUUAGCGUAGCAUCAGUGUCAACACCUCCCAUCCAAGUGCGUGGAGCUUGCAGCAUUGCGGGCUUUGUCGAAGACCGUAUCAAGGGUGCAAAGGGCCGCUGAUGAGCACAUUUCGGAGCGUAUAGAUGACAAAUGGGAGACCCUACGGAAUA